AUGCCUUCUCGGAUCGGGGCUCUGCUUUUCUCUUUCACCGGACUGCUGCUAUCACUUUCAGUGGAGGCGGAUGUUAAAGCUCGGAGCUGCAGUGAGGUCAGGCAAGCUUACAGUGCCAAAGGAUUCAGCCUGGUCAAUAUACCCUACCAGGAAAUAGCAGGGGAACACUUGAGAAUCUGCCCUCAGGAAUACACAUGCUGCACCACAGAAAUGGAGGACAAACUGAGCCAACAAAGCAAACUGGAGUUUGAAAAUCUGGUGGAAGAAACGAGUCAUUUUGUGCGUACCACCUUUGUGUCAAGGCACAAGAAAUUUGAUGAAUUUUUCCGAGAGCUCCUAGAGAAUGCAGAAAAGUCACUUAAUGAUAUGUUUGUCCGGACAUAUGGAAUGCUCUACAUGCAGAAUUCUGAAGUAUUCCAGGAUCUCUUCACAGAAUUGAAACGAUACUAUACUGGAGGUAAUGUGAACCUGGAGGAGAUGCUGAAUGACUUCUGGGCUCGGCUACUAGAGCGAAUGUUCCAGCUCAUAAACCCUCAGUACCACUUCAGUGAGGACUACCUGGAGUGUGUUAGCAAAUACACAGACCAGCUGAAACCCUUCGGAGAUGUACCCAGGAAACUAAAGAUUCAAGUGACAAGGGCCUUCAUUGCUGCUCGGACCUUUGUUCAGGGACUGACCGUAGGCAGAGAAGUUGCAAACAGAGUUUCCAAGGUCAGUCCAACCCCAGGGUGCAUCCGAGCACUAAUGAAGAUGCUGUACUGCCCAUAUUGUCGGGGACUUCCCACUGUGAAACCUUGCAACAACUACUGCCUCAAUGUAAUGAAGGGAUGCUUGGCAAAUCAGGCUGAUCUAGACACAGAAUGGAACCUGUUUAUAGAUGCCAUGCUCUUGGUGGCAGAGAGGCUAGAGGGGCCGUUCAACAUCGAGUCAGUAAUGGAUCCUAUUGACGUCAAGAUUUCUGAAGCCAUCAUGAACAUGCAAGAAAACAGCAUGCAAGUAUCAGCAAAGGUCUUUCAGGGAUGUGGCCAGCCCAAGCCUGCUCCUGCUCUGAGGUCAUCCCGCUCAGCUCCUGAAAAUUUUAAUACCCGCUUUAGACCAUACAAUCCUGAAGAAAGACCAACGACAGCCGCUGGCACAAGUCUGGACAGGCUGGUUAUAGACAUAAAAGAGAAAUUGAAGUUGUCCAAAAAGUUCUGGUCUGCUUUACCCUACACCAUCUGCAAGGAUGAGAGAGUGACAGCUGGCACGUCAAAUGAAGAGGAAUGUUGGAAUGGGCACAGCAAAUCCAGAUAUUUGCCUGAGAUCAUGAAUGAUGGGCUGACCAACCAGAUCAAUAAUCCGGAAGUAGAUGUAGACAUCACUAGACCAGACACCUUCAUAAGACAACAGAUCAUGGCCCUGCGAGUGAUGACCAACAAGUUAAAAAAUGCAUACAAUGGAAAUGAUGUGAAUUUCCAAGACACGAGUGAUGAAACCAGUGGCUCCGGAAGUGGCAGUGGCUGUAUGGAUGACAUCUGCCCCACGGAGUUUGAUUUCGUCACCACCGAAGCCCCACCUGUCGACUCUGACAGGAGAGAAGUGGACUCCUCAGCUGCCAAGCCCAGCCAUUCACUACUCACGUGGUCCAUCCUCUUCAUCAUCCUCUCACUGCAGAGACAGUGGAGAUAA